AUGCUGGAAACCUUUAGGUGCUUUUACGCAAGGGCGCCACUUGCCGCCCGUUUCACCCUUCACUACGUCUUCCUGCUACUUCUGGUACGAACGUCGCACGCCGUGGACCUGUCACAAUGCAUCGCGCCACUGGGCAUGGAAUCCGGAGCGAUACCGGAUGCGGAUAUCACAGCAAGCUCGAGUUUCGAACGUGGAAACGUUGGUCCACAUCAGGCGAGACUGAAGACGGAAAUUCACGGAGGCGCUUGGUGCCCUAAGAACGAAAUUACGACGGAACCACGUGAGUGGCUCGAGAUUGAUCUCCAUACGGUACACAUGAUCACUGCGACUGGUACUCAGGGUCGAUUUGGAAAUGGCCUUGGCGUUGAGUUCGCCGAAGCUUACCUACUGGAAUAUUGGCGACCUCAUCUUGGCAAGUGGGUUCGCUACAGGGACGUUAAAGGCGAAGAGGUAAUAAAAGGGAAUACCAACACCUACUUGGAAUCCAAACAUGAACUCGAACCACCAAUCUGGGCCAGUAAAAUUCGAUUCGUGCCAUACAGCUAUUACAGGCGUACAGUCUGCAUGCGAGUGGAACUUUACGGAUGUUACUGGAGUGAUGGCGUAGUUUCCUACUCGAUGCCUCAGGGAGAUAAAAGAGGCAACGAGUGGGAAUUCUUCGACGUGACCUACGACGGCCAUUGGGAUGCUGAACUACGUCGCGGUCUUGGCCAGUUGACAGAUGGUAGGACUGGACCAGACGACUUCAAAAUGGGCUACUACGAUUACGAUCGUGGACAAGGAUGGGUUGGCUGGAGAAACGAUGGCAGAUCUGGACAUCCACUGGAGAUCAAAUUUGAGUUUGAUAAAGUUCGAGAAUUCUCCGCGGUCCAUAUCUACUGCAACAACCAGUUUUCUCGAGACGUUCAGGUCUUCUCUCAGGUCGACGUCUUCUUCAGCAUUGCUGGCCAAAUCUAUGCCGGAGAGCCCAUCACUUAUACUUACAUGGAAGACAAGAUGUUCGAGACGUCGCGCAACAUCACCAUCAAGCUUCACCAUCGGGUCGGCAAGUUCGUCAAGCUCAGACUUCACUUCUCUGCCAGAUGGAUUAUGAUCAGCGAGAUAACCUUUGACUCUGACAUAGCCCAUGGGAAUUUUACACCGGAGGAACUGACGUCAACGGAAUCACCAGUACUCAGCGACGUCUUGUUCAAGAAGGGUGGUGCGUCCGAGGGCGAGCUUCCGGUAUCCACAGCGAAGCACGACGAUCCUACGUAUAUGGCCGUUGUAAUUGGAGUCCUCACUGCCGUAAUCCUUCUCCUGGCAGUUGCCAUAUUCCUCAUCGUAUCCCGUCACAGGCAACGGAAGUGCUUCGCGAGUCCCAUGACAGGGAAAGCUCCAUCUCACCUGGGCUCCACCUGCGCUACCGUGGAAAAGGGUGCAGCCCUUAUGGCUUAUACCUUGGAGGACGACGAAAGGUAUGCCGGUGGUUCUCUGCCUACCCUACCACGGGACUUGGGUAAUCGUCUUUUGGACAUCGUGAAACUCGACGAUUACCAGGAACCUUAUCAGGCACUGAAGUACGCGCCGUACUAUAGCUACAGCACUGUCGUUAUGGAGAUGAAAGACAUGAUGCUGAACAACAAGAGCGUCAACAUCAAUCACUCAGCGGUCUACGCGAACGGUGCGGUUGACACAUCCUACGAUUACGCGGUACCGGAACUUGCUGCGGGUAAGGCGCCACUUUUGAAUGCGGAUGCUGGCACGUUACGUGGAUCUUCGAGCGACCAGGAGAGCGUCUUCUCGAAAUUGUCGUCCCGCAGCAGUAAGACCGAGGACAAGAAGUCGCCGACGCAACAGGAGGUUCUUUCUGCUCUGAAGAGGCGCCUGGAACAGACGAGCGUGCCGCUCUUCCCACGCCAUCGUCUUCGGAUGCUCUCGAAGCUCGCCGAAGGGGCCUUUGGAACGGUAUACGUGGCGGAAGCUGAAGGGAUUCCGGAGUACGGGACGACAACCACCCUGGGCAAGAGGCUCGUCGCAGUAAAGUUUUUACUGCCUGAGGCUAGUGAAAAGGAAAAAUUGGACUUUCAGCGAGACGUAAGAAUCCUGGCGGCACUCGAGGAUCGCAACAUCGCCAGAGUCCUUGGCGCUUGCUGUCGCGAGGAGCCAUUUUGUGUUGUAAUGGAGUACCUUGAACACGGGGAUCUCUGCCAGUUCCUGAAGACCCACAUUACAGCCGAGGAUGCUCACUCCAUGCCGAUCGGCGUCAAGACUCUAAGCUUCAACUGCCUCAUCUACAUGGCGGCGCAAAUAGCAUCUGGUAUGCGCUACCUGGAGAACCUUAACUUCGUGCACCGUGAUCUAGCGACGAGGAACUGCCUCGUCGGCAAGGCUUACCAUAUCAAGAUAUCCGACUUUGGCACCGACAACGAAUUGUACGCCUGCGACUAUUAUAAGGUGGAUGGCAAUAUGCCAUUGCCUGUACGCUGGAUGGCGUGGGAAUCUGUAUUUCUGGGGAAAUAUACGACUAAAAGUGACGUCUGGUCAUUCGCUGUUACUCUGUGGGAAAUAUUGAAUCUUGGAAGACGCGUGCCCUAUGAACAUCUUUCUGACCAGGAAGUCGUGGACAGUCUCAGGCUGUUGCACUACGAUGACAGUGUCGAGGAGUCCAGUAAGGAUGAUGUCAGGACACUUUUUAAUUAUCUGUCACGACCCAAUGCCUCCUCCAAGGACAUCUACGAUCUGAUGCUGGAGUGUUGGAGACGGGAGGACAGUGAGAGACCGACAUUCCGGGAGAUUUCCCUUUUCCUCCAACGAAAAAACCUCGGCUACGCUCCCACGUCUUGAUAUUAGAGCGGGAUCAGAUGGAAUUUUUGGAAUUAAGUGCGGACGCGUUAUUGGAUUGAAUGUUCGAUACAGUAAGUUUUUAUUUUUCAAGCAUUUCAUGUGCAUUCGAAUUUUAACAAUUAUGUGUCAUUUUUUCAACAUUUUAUUCGAACGUCAAUUCUCCAUUUUGAGUAAAGGCAAAAAAUUAUAUUACGCAACAAAUAAUUCAAUUAUAUACAUUCCUACGUUUGUGUAUGAAAAAAUACUCAUUACUCAAGACAGAUUAAUUGUAUUUGUUUCAUAAUUAAUUUACGUCGCGAGACAACUUUACUUUUUACUGUAUAUUUUUUUUUUACCACCUACAAGCAUAAGCCGACCAUGAUUGCAUUUAGGAACUGGUGGCUGAGUCAGUGAAAUUUUGUUUAAAUUAUAAAAAGACUUUUUUUUUCAUAUCUCAUGUCUAUACAACAUGCCAGCGUGAGUUAUAACGUCGAAAUUUUUUUUCAACUUACAUGAAAAUAAUGAGGGUAGAAAAAAGAAGAGAUUCCACGAAUUUCAAAAAAUAAUGAUAUAAAUUCUCGCGCUCCUCCUAUAUUCCAAUAAAAGUAUAUCAGUGCUGUAUACGUGAAUGGCGUAGAGACUUGCGAAAAUACUAUCGAAUUAUGAUUACACGGAACACUUAUCGUCAAAAGUUCGUGCGCGAUUACUAUCGUAAUAAAAUUACAUAAUGGGAACGUAUGCAUACGUAGAAAAAAAAUUAGAUCCGGGAAUAAAAACAGAUAGUGAAAAUUAUCCGUAUUCCCCCCCCCCCUACCCCGAAACAGUAGUAUGCUAUGUAACCACGGCUAUGACACAUCAUAAUUAUAACUUUAUAUAAUAGGCGGGAUCAAUAAAACUAAUAUAUUUAUUGUAAAUAUAGAAAUUAGUUGUGAUAAGACACGUUAAUACAGUAUGUAAGUAAUCACGUAGAACCGUGACGUCAGUCUCGAUUCUUCCAACGGCACAAACUGAACACGUCACAGAGUCAAAUUACCCAAUCAAUGAAAAAAAAAAACAGAAGCUAUAUGCCCGUACCACAUAUUCAAAAUAUAAAUCUCAAAGUACCAAAUUUCAUUUCGCAAUGAUAUAUUUUCCCCCCAAAAAAAGAUAGCCAGCAACUGGAAAUUUUGUGUAAUCGAAAAAUACAAAUUUUGAAAACGUAUAACGAAACGAGCAACGACGCAUUGAUCGAAAGUCAUAUCAUUGGAUUACAAUAAUGAUAACCAGAAAAGACAUAUCGGACAAGAUGCUUUUAUUUGUCUCAUUAGACACGUCAUGGCGCAAGGUGAAAAGAAAAACGUAUUUUCUAAUACCUCAAAAAAUAAUAAUACAUGACGAGUGAUUAGAGUUUUUAGAUGAAACAAAAAAUAAAAAUAAAAGUUUUUACACGUAUCGAUAUUAAAUCCAUGAAAAUGGCUUUCGACUCUUAUCAGGAAGGCAUGUAAGAAAUAUGCGUGUAGCACUCAUGAUAUCUAAUAUUAAAAUGAUGUUACCGUUAUAUAUUAUUAUAAAACACUAUUUAUAUAACUAAAGGUAACUUUACGUAUAAGAUGUAAGUAGGUUGAGAAUUAGUUGUACGUAUUUAAUGUAUAAGCAUAACGCUGCCUUUGGCUAUAAUGUUGCCCCUACUGCUAGCGAGUAACUUACUUGUCUACUCAUGUGAUAACUCGUACGGACUGAUUCUUGCAAGAUAAUCAAUUAAUCUUUUAACGCCCAUGUAUAACGGAUCAAAAGAAUGGUAAUUAGAGGAACGCGAAUGAAAGUGAUUAAAGGUGAGAUAAAAAUGGUUAUUAUUAUUAGCAUUAUAUCAGCGAUGAUUAUAAUUAGGCGUUAAAUCGUAAUUGAUCUUUUUAUGAGAAUCGACCUAUAUAUCUACGUGCAUACCUAUACCUACCAAUUGUGGCUGUUGGCGAGAAAGGAUAAAGGCUUAAAGUAUUAUCAGUCCUCUCUUAGAAUCUUGUGUUAACACUCUUAUCAAUCAUUUUUACAUAAAACGAUGGGAGAUGAAAUGAUUCAGAACUUUUAUUUUGUGAAAUUAUUUAAAAAAUUAUACAGGUCAAUUGAUCUCGCGAGCAAAUACUAUUUUAAUUCGUAUUUUGAUCUUAUUGAUAGAACUGAAAAAAAAAAAGAAAGCCGUAUCCUUUCCCUCCCUAGAUACCUCCUGCAAGUCUCUGGUCUCUUCUGUUUGAUCGAUAAGGAAGCACAUUGCGCAAACGUGAACUAUGCUUGAUUAUCAAAGAGGUCUGUCAAGUAUAAAAACAAUCGACGACGUACCAAUAGAUUUUUCCUUUAAAAUUGAUUAAAGGGAUAUAUCGAUUAUCGAUGGAUCUGAUAAUCAAGACUGUUAAAAUUGAAUAUAAAAGUUUGAUAACGACCAAGCUGAUCCCUUCGAGAGCAUUGAAUUACGAAAAAUCUCAAAAUAAUAUCAUACAAAUUUAAUCCAGCAUAAUUAUACUAAACAUGCACGAAACAAAAAUACAAAUAAAUAGCCAACGAAGGGAUUGAAAUGCGCAAACGUGAAGAGUAUCCAGAUCCUGCAGGACCUUCGUUUUCAUAUAUAUAAGAUUGAACGGAAUUUUAAAUAGUUGUUAACAAUAUGAAUUAAUUCCGCCAAUCAAUCGCGCCAAUGUUACUAACCACGUACGUCGAAGUACUACGCACGUUUAUUAUUCUCGCACCUGUCGGUGAGCUCUACGUUAGUUUUUCAUUCUCCACCACCUUAACGAAUUCUCCCUUAUCUACCAUCUACACGCAUCAUCUUCAUUCCAUUCGUUAACCAGUCUUCUAUCCCGCUGCCCUAUUUACUUCUACCCUCUUAAUUAGACUAACGACGAAACUGGCGACGAUCAUUAAUCAUGAUCCUCGCACUCGUAUGAUUGACAAUCGUAUUUACGCCUUGAGACUGAAACGACCUAUUCGUUCAGAUAGAUUCGAGUUCAAGCAUCGCUAUUGCAGCGAGAGGAAACGUGUAUUAGAAUAAGUGACUAUUGUUUUUUUAUCAUUUAUCUCUCAACUGUUUCUCCCUUUUACCUUUUCUCUCUCUCUCUCUCUCUCACUCUUUCUCCCUAUAACUUCCGGUCAAAUCAUUACAAUAACGUCCCCGCUACCUUCUUUCAUCUUGUACAUUAUUUUAACACGAGUUACAAAGCCUCGCAGUUCCUCGCGAAUAUCCUAACCUAAAAAUCGAUAACUUAACUUUUAUUAACCUCGGGAGCAUCUAGGCAAGUAACUCGUGCCGAGGAUGACUAGCAUCGGGAUAUUAAUAUUAAAAAGAAAAAAAAAAGAAAUUAAUUAGUAUAUUAUAAAACAUACUAAUUAUAUACAUAAUAUGUAUAGACAGUACUAUCGGAUUGUGGAUUAAUGAAUUUUCUUGUAUUAUCAUUCAAGAGCAUAGGUUGACAGUGGAUCAUGAGAUAGAAUAUUUGAAUUUGACAAUUUUUUUUCUACUUACUCCCCAUUUGGCAGAUCUUGUGGUUUAUGCAAAAACCACUAAGGAAUUGAAAGGCAUAUAGGUAAUUGCGGAAGACUGUGCAGAGCUCACCCGGUUACCGUCUGUACGCUACUAUACCUAAUCGUUGUAAUCGUAAAAUUAUUUUGUACUAAGGACUGUUUAUAAUUUUCUAUCUAAUCUCUGUAAAUAUCAAGGAAAGAAUUGUCUACAACUCGUGUAAUGUUAAAGCGAAACGAUUAAAUAGUCUAUAUAUAGUAUAUAUAUAUAUAUGUAUACACUAUAUGGAUAUAUUUUAAUCGAUAACGAAAGGAUAAUUAAGAGUGUAAUUAUAAUAUAGUAUAAUGACGAAAUGGUAACGUAACGAUGUACAACGACUUAGAUAAUAUAUCUGUAUUAUAUAAUAUUAUAUCUACAUUGCUAAGGGACAAAUCGAUAUAACUAACUCGAACGAUAUAUAAACGAAGGUAUAUAUAUGUUAUUUGGUAGGUGUAUAUAAUAAUGUGUAGAUUUUAACUAGUCAUCUAGUGUACUUUAUAACGCAACUAUAUCCACAUAAAAUUAGCGUGCGCGAUGAGUAAAAAAAAA